AUGUCCGAAACCGCUCCAGUGGAGACUGCCGCUCCGGCGCCAGUGGAGAAGUCUCCCGCCAAGAAGAAGACCGCGAAAAAGGCUGCUGGUGGCGCUGCGAAGCGCAAGGCCACCGGCCCUCCUGUCUCCGAGCUGAUCACUAAAGCGGUCUCCGCCUCCAAGGAGCGCAAUGGCCUUUCUCUGGCCGCGCUCAAGAAGGCGUUGGCAGCGGGCGGCUACGACGUGGAGAAGAACAACAGCCGCAUCAAGCUGGGCCUCAAGAGCCUGGUGAACAAGGGCAUCCUGGUGCAGACCAAGGGCACCGGCGCCUCGGGCUCCUUCAAGCUCAACAAGAAGGCCGGCUCCGGGGAAGUCAAACCCAAAGCCAAGAAGACCGGCGCGGCCAAAGCCAAGAAGCCUGCGGGUGCCACUCCCAAAAAGCCCAAGAAGGCGGCAGGGGCUGCUAAGAAGGCCGUGAAGAAGACUCCCAAGAAAGCCAAGAAACCUACAGCAGCGGGUAGUAAGAAAGUCGCCAAGAGCCCCAAGAAGACCAAAGCAGCGCCUAAACUGAAGAAGGCUGCCAAGAGUCCUGCCAAGCCAAAGGCUGUAAAGGCCAAAGCGGCUAAGGCCAAGGCCUCCAAGCCGAAGGCAUCGAAGCCUAAAGCAGCAAAGGCCAAGAAGGCGGCACCUAAAAAGAAGUGA